CUCAUGAACUAGUAGGCCCACAAGAGAAAACCUGAUGAGGUAACCUCAAAGCUUCAGAUUUAGAGAAACAAGUAUCAUCAAGAUCUUGGCUGGUACACCAGGUACACUUGGAAUUCUGAGAACACUUUGACUUCAAUACCAAAUCUCCACAGUUGAGAAGAAUAGGCCUCUUUGUUGAAAAGGGUUUCCUAGAUGAAACAUCUUGAGCAACCACCACAGCAUGAAAGGGUUGACAUAGAAAAAGGAAGAGAAAGAGAAAGAAGAGUGGUUUGGAGUUGGAGAUAGAGAACACCAUGGAUGAUGAUUCCAAGAUCAAAGAUUUCAGCUUUGAAAAAAAAAGGUAGAGACAUGAAAUUUAAACUUCCAUGGUGGUGUAAUGUGGGGUGGAAAAAACAGGAAUGGGAUGGGCUUGACGAGUGUUUUGCCGCGGCUGAUUUGGGGAACAUGUAUAUUCCCAACAUGGAUAAGGUUAAAGAACAGAUUAUGGAUGCACUAAGAGUGAGAGACCAAGGAGAGAAUAUAUUCGGAUUAUGUGGGCCAAAUAAAAGAGUCGAUUAUUUUGUAGAAACAACUAUAAGAAGAGCCGAGAGAGAUAGAUUGUUCCAAAAUAUUGUCACAACAACUGUGACAGAGAAGCCAGACAUUACUAAGAUUCAAACAGAAAUUGGUGAUGCAAUAGGUCUUAAUUUUGACGAUAAGAGAGAUUUAGCUGAAUCAAAUUGUUGCAUGUGUUUUGGUAAUAACAAAAGAAUAACUACUGCAGAAAGAGCUCGUCUUCUGUUUGCUAAGAUGAAGGAGCUGCAAACAGUUCUAGUUGUACUAUAUGAUCUUCAUGGUAGACUUGAUUUAGGUGAGAUUGGUAUCCCCUUUGGUGAAGAUCAUAAUGGUUGCAAGAUAUUGUUGACAUCCACAAGUCUCGAGGUUCUUUCCGAACAAAUGAAGGUUCAUAAAUUGAUACAAUUAUCAGAGACAUGACACAAUUCUCUUCCUAAUAGUGUUCGAAGCAAGAUGAAAAUUUGAAGUCCAAACAUGCACGUCAUUUGGAAAAACACCACGUUUAAGAGAUUAGAGGCUGAGAAGUGCUUUGUAGGUAUAGACGAACUAAGACUUAGUUUUUUUUUACUGUCAAAUGUUUGUGUUUGUAAUCAAAGAUAUGGAUCCAGUUCAGAUUAUAAUUUCCUUUUUUCUUUCAGCUAAUUUAACUUUUAGUCAAUUUAUUUCCUCAGUCUUUAGUCUGUUUUUGCUCAAUUACUGAAGUUCAUUUGUUUAUGAAUUAUGUUUGAAUU